CGAGCAGCAGCAGCAGCUGUAAUGCUCCACCAUGGAGCCGGUGAAGUGCAUUGGACGCUGCGUGUCUGUGUUUUUCAUGGCCAUCGUGUUUGAUAUCGUGGGUCUGGUGCUCCUCUUCAUCGGAAUAUUCGCCAACCUGCGCAUCGAGGGACGCUUCUACGGAGACUUUCUGAUCUACACCGGCUCCCUGCUCGUCUUCUUCAGCCUCGGGCCCUGGCUUAUGUGGUACGUGGGGAACGUGCAGGUGCCCGUGGAUGACGGCUUGCAGGGGAAGAGAAGCACGAUCGCGCGUUUGGCCAGGAAGCUGUCCGAGAGGCUGAGCCAGAAGCUGAAAGGAGAGGAGCGCGUCAAGUGUGUGCGGGAAAACGAUGAAGAGGAGGAGAGCAGCGAGGUGGGGUCACCUCACAAAGCGAGCAGGGUCACCUGGGGGAGAUCUACAACCUACCACAAUGGAGGGUACGACGGCAGUAUGGACUCCCCGGAUGACGUGAAGAAAUUUGAGUCAGGAAAAGACGAGAAACUAGAAUCAGACCUUCAUAUAUAAAUCUUCUGGCUUUGUCUCCUGAACAUUACGCACUCCAAUCUCUGCUGCAAAAACACAAAUAAUUAAUGGAGGAGUCUUCUGCAGAGACUAACAAGGAUUUGAAAUGCUUCUCGGUCAAAUUGGAUUGAGGUUAAUGGCUGUUAAAGACUGGACACAGGGCUGAAUGCCAGGUCCAAGUCUUCCCUCUAAUUUGGAGCUGAAACUCACAUGAAGGCUUUUGUGUUUGUUUCUAUUUACAGUUACACUUUCUGGUGCAGGUCCCUCAUUUCACAACAAUUACUCAAGACAGCUUCCUGAAAGAAAUUGGUGCAGAUGAAGCAAUACUGAUGACUUGCUGGAAAAGAAACUUAUAGUCAAUGCACGGCAGAUCAACUGUUUGAAAAUAGUCUCCAGGCAAUAAUGAUAAUAAUGCAAUCUGUAUGAUAUGUGAAGACAUAUUUAAAAAAAAGACUUAAGUAUGAAUGUUUACCUGGCUUUGGAGGGAUUAGUUCUGGAGAAUUGUGCUUACUUCAUAGGCCUUUAAAAACAUUGAAUUUUAGGUAUAUGAGUGUUAUUUUCACUGUGUGUAUGCUACGUUUCUUAACUUUACCCAAUCUGAUUCAAUCCAAUUCUUGAUGGUUACAAUCUGAUCCAGGGACGAAUCAUGUUCCAAUGAUUUGAUUCAGUUCAGUUCAGUACUUUGCAAAUUGUUCACUGAUUCAAUUUAAACUUUAACAAAGGAAGUAUAGUGCGUCGUGUCCGGGUCUUCUUAGGCUGCAGGCUUGCUAAUGCUAACUUCUUAGCAAAGGUUUCUCCAGGUGAGAUUUGCUUUUCUGCUGUUGUACUUAAUAGCUCUUCUUAACCCGCCUGUUAUGUUCGUUUCUCUGGAACAGCAAUAAUGUUCCUGGGUCAAUUUGACCCGGUGCAUUUUCAAUGAUCCAAAAGUGUCAGAACC